AUGUCUGCAGAAAACGGUGACGGCGGCAGGGCGACUACUGCUGAAGCACUGGAGGCAGUGGACACGUGGCAGAAAAUGAUGGGAGCCCACCAUAUGAGAGCUCGUGUGGUCGCGAAACGUGUCGGCGAUGAUGAAAGAAUUAGAGAGAAUAUUUGGGGCACCGCGCCGACAUAA